GAAAUCUCAACUUUCAGUGAAGACCCUAGAGCUAUCCUGUCUUAUAAUGUCUAUAGCUAAAAGACUAUCAAACAGUUAAUGUUUAUACUGUAGAUGAAAUAAUAUAUUCUAACCGUUCUGUCAUGCAAGAAGUAAAAAAAAAUUCCUUCAAGUGAUGCUCAGACAACUGGGGAAUACAAGACAUCAACAUUCAAUCCAGAGGUCAGCAAUGGCGCUGACUAGGUUUUAAAAACAACAACAAACACUAUCUCCCAUUUCAAGAGAAUCAAUUCAUCUCGUUUAGUUCACCAUGAAUGAAGCGCUGGCAACGAAGAUCAAAACUUCAGUUCAACAGAAUCUCAAGGACGCUACACUGACUUCUUUGACUCAAGAUGGUGACGUUCAGAUUGAACCAAUCAGCGAAGGCUAUUUAAAUGAAGUAUGCCGACUAAAGUCAUCUGAUGGCUGCCAAAGUUGUAUAGUGAAAGUUUAUUUGAAUUACGUCAAGCUUCUAGGUCCAGACGUGCCUAUAGAGUCCGCCAGAUGUCAGCGUGAGUACGAGGCAUGCAAUUACUUCCGGUCACUCCUGCCUAACAGCACGCCCGUGCCCUACUUUUGUGACCCAGUCAACAAUAUUGUUUGCUUGGAAGACUUGUCAGGUUAUAGAAUAUGGGAAGAUGUUUUGUUAGAGUCCUGUGACCUUCACCUUGGUGCCAAGAUAGCAGACAUAUUGGUCACGUUGCAUUCCACCUCAAACAAGGACAACCUAAGUGGCGAAGAAUUUGAACUGCUGAAAAAUAAAUUUAGUCCAUACCCCCAGCAGGUGGCGUUUCUCUGUGACAGCCAUUUUGUCAAGCCGUUUCUGAGCAACCACCGCGAAAAUAAAGCUUGUGACGAGAUGAUCAGGGUCAAGAUGGAUGAGAUCAUUCAGGACGAAGUGGUCAUCAAGGCCACAGAGCUGGCCAGAGAAUGUAUGUCUGUCGGGAGCGGAAGCUGCUGCAUCCACGGCGAUCUUCACGUUCGAUCUUUGAUGCUUAGCAAUGUCGGAGAAGACAUGAAGAUGAUAGACUUGGAGUGCAGUCGUAUUGGACCCCCAGCCUUUGACGUGGCCCUGCUGAUCUGUAAUUACGUGAUGCUGUAUCACUACCAUCAGGAGUUAAGUCACGAGGACGUCGGCCCUGGUCAGGCUGACCAUUCACAGCUGAUGGCCGACACACUGGACAUUAUAUGUAUCACACUGUCUCGGUACAUGGAGGGUAUGAGCAGAGCCCUCAAAGACAAAUUCGACAAACAUCUGGUGUGGCGUCAGAUCUUGCUGUUACUUGGAGUCGAGAUUAUCGCUUGGAUCUCGGGACCUGCCAACUUAAACUGCUUGCAGCCUCACCCCAAAGGCCAGUUGAACUGUCUGAACACAGCCCUAAGGAUCCUCCACAAACAAAGUUUAUCGUUAGAUACUAAAGGACUUUCUCGAUUGAUUCACAAUCAACAUUAAAUCAUUUUAUAUGUAGUGUUUUUUUUAAAAUCAAACACCCAAACACAAUACGAGCACAGAAAUAAUCUAGAAAUGAUGUAGAUCUACUGGACUUGUAGGAUAUCACGUGACAACCAUGUUGCAUGCUGAGAAAAGAACAACAAUAAAUUUUUUAUUUUUUUUUACAAAAUAGAGAUUUCCAUUCACUUUCUUUGUUAUUUGACUUAACCAAAAGCUUACAUGAACGGUUAUAUUAAAGUAUUUUAGAUGUUUAAGACAUUGCAUUAAUAGGAUGGUGAACAGUAUAUUUUGUAGAAAUUUUUGUUAUUACACUCUAGCAAAUGUUUGGCCAGACGCUUAAACUAAGGGACACAGGUAGCCAAUAGGUUUACCUUAUAGCAAAACAUUCUACAAUAUAUUGGAAAAUAUAACAUUUUUUUUAACAUUCCAAAUCUUCAAUAAUAAAGAAUAUAUUUUGUGUAGCAAGCUUAAAGCUUAACUGUCUGCUAUGAUUGUGCAAUAAUUUUUGUAAUUAAUUAUCUGACCUUUUUUUUUUUUACACACAAACUUGAUCACGAAUGUUGUAUUUCAAAGUUUGUUUUAUCUGCACCAUAUUGUGACACUACUGACUGACUGAC